AUGGACUGUGAAAAUAAUACAUCAGUGACAGAAUUCAUGCUCUUGGGAAUACCUCUGUCCUAUCAAAUUCAGACAGUUCUCUUUGUUGUCCUUGCUUUGUCUUAUGUGGUAAGCUUAGUUGGAAAUACAACAAUAGUUGUGGUUUGUUUGGCUGAUGGACAGCUUCAUACCCCCAUGUAUUUCUUUCUCAGCAACCUAGCCUUGCUUGAUAUCAGCUUUACCACUGCUAUUAUCCCCAAAGUUCUUUUCAACCUAAUCAGCGGAAGUAAAACAAUAUCAUAUCAUGGAUGCCUUGCACAGUCUUAUGUGUAUUUUCUCUUGGGAACCACAGAGUUCCUGCUCCUGGCUAUCAUGUCUUUUGACCGGUACGUGGCUAUAUGUCAUCCCUUACGUUAUGGGACAAUAAUGAGUCCAAAGCUUUGCCUGCUGCUGAUUGUGUUUUCCUGGCUUGGUGGCUUCUUGGACACAAUUGCACAAACUGUCCUUACGUUCCGCCUACCAUUUUGUGGCUCGAAUGUCAUUAACCACUACUUUUGUGAUGUAGCUCCUUUGCUGAAGCUGGCAAGUGCAGACACAUAUACCAUAGGGAUGCUUGACGUUAUACUGGCUUCAUCUCUGGUUUUGGGAUCAUUGUUCUUCUCCUUAGUUUCAUAUGGAUGCAUCAUCUCAGCUAUUGUAAAAAUGUCUUCAUCUGCUGGACGAAAGAAAACCUUUUCCACCUGUGCUGCGCACCUUACGGUUGUGUUUAUUGUCUACGGUAGCUGUAUCUUCAUGUGUGUACGUCCAUCCAAGAACUCCAAAAUAGAUUCCACCAAAAUUGUUGCACUUGUUAACAGCAUCUUGACCCCACUUCUUAAUCCAUUGAUCUAUAGUUUCAGGAACAAAUCUUUUAAAAAUGCUCUUAGACGCAUGAUAGAGACUAGAUACGCGGUAGACAAUCAAAAAGGAAAGACAUUUACAUAUCCGGACAUCAAGGAAAGAAGUGGAUAA